GGAGUAGCCAGCGGCAGCAGCAGCUGCAGGUGGGGCGGGGGCUGCAGGAGCCCAGAGAUCCCAGUACACGCGGACAGUCGGCGGGACUUCAGCCCAGGGCAGCGAGCCGCGCCUCUUCAUCCCGAAGCUUCCUGAAUAUCAAGGCCUGAUGGUCCCAAGAAGCAAUUUCUGGUAGAAAUCUGAAGAUUAUCUUUAAGGAAAAGCAGUAAAUGAAUUAAAGACAAGAAGCUUUCCAAUCAGUCCCUGCUAUGUGGAUAUUUGUUAGCAAUGACUGAUGUGGAAACUACAUAUGCAGAUUUUAUUGCUUCAGGAAGAACAGGUAGAAGAAAUGCAAUACAUGAUAUCCUGGUUUCCUCUGCAAGUGGCAACAGCAAUGAAUUAGCCUUGAAAUUAGCAGGUCUUGAUAUCAACAAGACAGAAGGUGAAGACAAUGGACAGAGAAGCUCCACAGAACAAAGUGGGGAAGCCCAAGGAGAAGCCGCCAAAUCUGAAAGCUAACAACACUCCGUUCUGACCGUCAACAACACGUGACAAUGUGGCGAAUCUCCUGGCAUUGCUCGGAUGUAUUUGCUGUCAUGAGUGAAAGAGAGGGGAAGAAAAUGGCUGCGCUGUGUGGCCAAAAGCAGUUCGCUGCCAUGUUAAAAGUGGGGGCGGAGCCUGUGUCUGCAGACAGCCGUUUCCCUACCUCUGUCAUUAGCAAUGGUUGAAAUCACCUGGCCUGUGCUUGGAUAUCGUUUUCUGUAUGGGUCUUUUCACUUGACCGUAAAAUGAAAUGCUUGUAGAGAGUAGCACCGACCUCGCUGAUGAUUCCUGUAGCAUCUGGCCCCUCAUGAUGUCAGAGGAUUUAAUUGUGUCUAAUUGAAAAGGGUUGGCUGAACCCCAGAGUUUAAAUAUCUCUGGUUGGAGUAUUCACCCAGUAAAAGAACCAUCCAGAGAGCACUGUUAGCAUUGUGUCCCUGUGUGUUAGUGCUGUGUUAUUCACACCGUUUUGUAUCGUACAGUAUACCUGCUCAGCACUGCCCUUUGACUGCUUGUGUAAAACAAAUGAUGUACAUUACUGUGAAUUUUUAUACCACUCAUUUUUUAAAGGGCUGCCUUUUUAAUUUUCCAUAGUGUUGUGGCAUGCACGGGGAAGAACAUACUUUUGUAAACACUACUUUCCCCAUGAUAACUGUGUGCUGACAACUAAGUCCACCAGACUCACCAAGCCCCCUUUGCUUAUUAUGCAGGCAUUUGGAAAUAUCCAUUAAUGUGAAUAUUGCCUGAGUUCAGUCUUCUCGGUCUCUGAACAGACAAGAGUUCUAUCAAUAUUGAUUUUGUUUCUAAAUAAGAUGUUCUUUCAGCUAAUAUUUUGAGUUUUCAUAAGAAUUUUAGAAAUUGAGGAAGUAGAAAAAGAAAGCCAGAUAAUGCUAAGAACUGGAAAGACCGUGCUCUGUGGGUCAGUUUUCUCAUGCUGAUGUGUACCACUGUUUAAAUCUGGAGGCUGGCUUGUGAUGAAGGUACUCUCCACCCAACCCGUGAGUAUCAGUCCUAGACGUGGAGCCCUUGUGCUGUGUCCCACCAUGUCCUUUUUCAGCCCUUUCAUAUCCAGAUGUUAUUAUGCACUUUUUAAUGUUUGUAAACUUUUACUAAUAGUGUGAAUUGCAUUCUGAUACAAUAAUUAUCACCUAACCACACUUUUACUGAUGCUGUUGAUGGCCUAUGGUGUGUUUUGACAUCGUGACUCUUGUACGGAAAAUUUCUUUGACCUGUGUAACCCUUCUGGUCAGUAUUAUGAAGCCAACUGUCUAUGAUCAUAAAUAAGGAUCCAGUAAGAUGUCCAGGGCUCAUGAAUUGUGGGAUAAAUAACACAUAAAAGGAGGC